GGGAAGAGCCAAGUGCUAUCUGGCUUUUAACUCAUCUCAUUUACCACAAAGAUCAUAGUGGAGGGCUCCAAAAUGUUUUUCAGACUCCCAAGACUGACUCCUGGUUACAUCAGGCUGCUGCAGACCCAGGCCUACCAUAAUAUGCCUGUGGCUCCUCCAGCUGAGAACACCAUGCCUGGUAUGGCUGUGCUGAUGGGGGCUGUGGGCAUCGGGAUGUGUGGCUACAGCUCCCGGCAGUUGGCCCUCCAUCACCGGCCUUCAUCCCGUGUGCUGCACCGGGUUGGCACCCACACUGAUGCCAGCAGCGUGAGCACACCGGCACUCUGGUCCCCAGUCCUGGAUGUAACUCGCCGGGCUUCUCCCUACCAAGAGAUCCCACCUCCUUCCUUUGUGGGCCAGAAAGUUCCCUCAAAAUAAUCUGUGAAGAUGUAUCAGAUAUAGAUCUGCAAGCAUUAUAGGUUCAGUUUCAGUAGCUACACUUGCACACGCUGAAGAUUGUAGCAAUGCUGGCCCAUUGCAAAAAUGUGGCCCAUGUGCUCUCUGCAGACAAGCUAGUGUGGGUAUGUGACUUAACCUAUAUGCAGGCAGGAAUUGGGAACUGUAGUAAUAUGGAAUUCUGUGGCUACUAACAAUAUUCACAUUCUAGUUGGUUGUAUAACUCAUUCAUUGUAAAAGUUCUCAAAGCAUUGACAGGAUAUAUGACAGUAAGUGACUGGAUGAGUAUGUAACUGCUGCUGGAACUUUCCAAAGACUGCUGCUGAUAAGGGCUUCAGUGAGCUUGCAUGCUUAAUUUGGAGACAUUGUGUGUCUUCUCAAACCGUGGCGUAAAAAGGGACAGACUCUUGGCCGUGUUCCCUCUGUGCACAGAUGGUUGGCAGCAUCUCUGUGUGACACCCCCACUUCUAUCCUUUCCCAGGGAGAAAGCCACGUGCAAGUGCUUGAGCAGCCCAUCCUGCCCAUGACUUCAAUUGAUUUCCUCCAAGGAAAAACAGGUGCCAUCAAUCAACAAGCCUCUUUGCUUCAGUCUGCAUUCCUUGUCAAUCUUGUGAUACAAAUGGAAGAUUAAUCAGAAGUUAUUCCUAUAGUUCUGCAAACAACACUUGUACAACUAGACCUUUCUGGAUUAUGAGUCCUAAUUUGCGUGUCUGAGACACUGCAGGUGGCAGUCAGGCAAGGGAGAAUAGUGAUUCCACCAGGAUAAAACUGUGUCCUCAGUGGGGAUUAACCCUGGUAGAAGAUCAAUCCUAGCUCACAUACUCAUUAAUGCCUAAUCUGGUAUUAGAGAGACAAGGACCCGUGAGAAGCAGACAGUUCCUGUGCAUCCAAACAUUGUGCCGUUCCCCCUGCAGUGCCCACCUUUCGUCUCACAGUAACGCAUGGGUUUAUAGAUUUAAGGGUCGGUGUUUUCACUUGUGUCUACACCAGAAAUGAAGCAGUGACAAGGGACUUGAGAUGUGGCGAGACACUGAGUGUGGUUGAGAAAGCGUGCUGUGCCUUAAUGCUUGCACAGGAUUAUACUGUCUUUAUUUACUCUUGGUGGUAGACAUCAUAUAUACUGGUGGCACAGGUUAUUGAAACCACUGCCUUUCUGCAGUGUGGCUCAUGGAGAAGUUGAAUGUUUUAUCAGUGAGAGGUCAGCCAGACCUUGUAAUCUCUCUCUUUUUUUUUUUUUUUUUUUUGAAGCACAGCCUAGCCUGACUGCCAAAUUGGACAAGGAGCAAGUUGUAGCAGGUUGGGAAUAGCAGAGACAGGGGCCUUCUAUAACACUAGCACAGCAGAUCACCCACAAAAUGGUUGUAAUCCACUAAGCAGAGGGGCUAAUGUCUCCAACUGGCAUCAGAUGCUGAACAAUUGGACACCUUAUCCUGUACAGACACUGAUACCUAUAAACAAUUUCAUGAUGGGGUUGUAAUAGAGACAUUGAAGUAAAAAGAAAAUUCAGCUGAGACUCAACAUGGUCUUCACCUGUUUCAUGAUCAAACUCUGACAUAUUUGUCAUCUUUGCUGCAAACUGCAUUCAGCCGUCAUGUCCAGGCUUUGCGCUUGCAGGAUUUCUGAAAUCGAUGUGGUUAUGGGCUGGAGGCUGUGUAAUGCACCUGACUGGUUUUGAUGAAUUCUCUCUAGACUGUAUUGGUGCACAGUGAGCAGCGAGCGCUGUGGAAACCUAUUGAUCUCAAUCAGAGAGUGACGAAGGAGAGCUUGUCUCCUCUCUGCAGUAAGCCUUCACUCAGCAUUGUGCAGUUUGUUGCGGGGGCGACUGCCACGAGCGUGCACUGAAGAAAAAGAAUAUCCAAAAAUGUUUGCUGCUGGAAUAAGAAAAAGCAAGGGAUGUUUGAAGGCGCAGUAUUCAUCUGAUAGCUUACUGUAUGUGUCUGCAUCAAUGCUCAUCUGUUAUAGUCUGUGUGGCUCUGCAAACUUGAGCUCAGUGUUGUCCAUCAAAGCGGAGUUUCUGUGUUUAGA